CGUAGCGUAGCCUCUGCUGGGCUCCACCCCUCAACUGGAAGGGUUUAAAGCUCCCUUUAGCUUAGCCUGCCUGCCCUUAUUUAAUUUGGAGUGUGAUUUUGCUAUUUUUAGCAACUGGAUUCCCUCCAAUCCGCAUUUGCAAUCAGCAGCAACCAGAAGGGGGGUUUUGGUUUAAUUUGAUCACAACACAGACACACAAGGAAAAAAAAAACACACACCACACAGAUCCGAGAUCGGGAGCAAUUAAAGACGAUGAGUGAAUCUAGUGCAAAAUCCAGCCAGCCCUUGGCUUCCAAACAGGAGGAGGACGUGUCUGAGAAGAGAGGACGGGGACGACCCAGGAAGAAGCCUCAGCAGGAACCCAGCGAGGCACCAACCCCCAAGAGACCACGUGGCAGACCAAAGGGGAGCAAAAACAAGGCCACUUCUAAAGGCAGGAAAGCUGCAGUAACACCUGGGAGGAAACCUCGAGGCCGGCCCAAAAAAUCGCAGAAGGACGAAGAGGAGGUGAAUGUUUCGCAGGAGUCAUCCGAAGAGGAGCAGUGAAAACGCUUGAACCCGGCACUACCUCAUCAUUCAACUUACCAAUUUCUCGUCAAGUUCUUGGACUGAGGAAGGAACGAAACAAAAACAAAACAAAAAUCCUCGGUGGGUUUUUUUUUCUCCUCCGCCCCCCCUGCACAACUUUCUCACACUCACACAGCAGCAGCACUGGAGUACAGAUCAAACUGACGGAGCGGCCGUCGCACUCGCUGACGGACGCUGUUAACUCGAAGGGGGAGAACGGGCUCUGUUGUUUCUCUCUUAGCGGACAGGGUUAAAAUUUAGCCUACUGGUUUGUGUAGUUUCUUUUGUUCCUAGUGAAAUUUACUGAGGGAAGGCUCCUGUAGAACAGUUGCUUUAAUGUUUUGUGAUUUUUUUUCCAACACAUUUCUUGGUAGGGAAAGGAGGGGAGGGGGCUGCUUAUGGCUGUCUAUAUUUUAGUUUUCUUUUUUAAACUACAGUAGUUGGGGACAGAUCUGUCAAAGCCCCCCAGCCCCCACACACACCCAUUUUCCCUGCUGCACCCCUCAUCUCCACUUUGCACAGAAGCUGCCACCAGCAUGUAAUUGAGAGGGGCUUCUCCCUGCAGCUCUGAGAGGGGAGCCAAAGUCCAUGGAGAGGUUAAUCUGACAGGUGGCUGAGCACCGCUCCUCCCAUCAUCUCAAACUCCCUUGUCACGCACAGCCGCAGAACUGCCUGCCUGAUGCUUCCCCAGCUUCCUCCCAUUUCCCUUGGCUCUGAUGUUCUGGCCCACCCUCCUCAGCUGCUGGCCUUGUGGGGAAGAUUUGAAAGUGGAGGCCUCGAGGCUGCCCUUCCGGCUCCUAGAUCCCCUAAUUGAGAGAGCUUGAAGGGAGCUCCCUCUCCUGUUCUGAUCCAGCUCCGGCUGAGCUCCCUAAAGCCCCAUGCUGGCCUAGGGGAACCAUCACCCUUGUCGUUUUCCCCUUUGGGCCCAGCAGCAGAGAAGAACUAUGCAUUAAAAUCAUUUUGGGGGUAGGCCAACAGUAGCGCUUCCAUGGCUGGCUGCACGAGGGAUUGUGAGCCACAGCUACAUGUUAACAGUUUGUUUCAGUUCAGCCAAGGCAUGUUCUGUUAGGACUGACGUGUGAUCACACCCAGCAGGUAGAGCCCCGCUGUGGGAAUAUGCCACGAGAUAGGGCUCUAGAGCAAUGGCCAGGGAUUCAGGAGACCUGAGUUUUAUUCUUGACUCUGCCACUGGCCUGCUGGCUGACCCACGGCAAGUCACAUCACCUGUGUGCCUCAGUUUUCCCCAUCUGUAAAAGGGGGAUAAUGAUACCAACUGCCUUUGUAAAGUGCUGGGAGAGCUACAGAUGAAAAGUGCUAGGCAAGAGCUAGGUGUUACCAUCACAUGCAUUUUGAAGGACUCCUAGACAUGCCUACAGCGCAUCCUACUGGUGAUAGAGCAGUCCCCUCCUUGCAGUCAGAACGGUGGCACAGCUGGGGCUUGAUGCUGGAGCACAGAGCAGACACGCGGUACAGGGACCACCUGACAAUCAGAUCCACCCCUGCCCCCACAGGUGACCAGUGCACAAUCACAAGCCUGGAAGCAGGGCACAGCCAGAUUUGUCUGCAUUACUCUGGGGCAGAGAUUAAAACUGACCUGCUGCCAUCUUGAGAGAACCUUUAAGACUCAGUGCUCAAGAACAAUUGCCCUUUUGUUUUAAGUUACAAAGUCCAGCCAUCCCUUGCUCUCUUAUCACGGAAGCACUAAUGCUUUUUGCAUCCCUCCUUCCAGCUUACAACAGCAGACUUCCCUCUCGCACAAUAGACGUAACACUGCACCGUUAGCUGCCUUUUCACUUCAGAUCCCCCCCACCCCGUGUAAGGCUCCCAAGGCCACUCCAGCCCUCUGAUUGCAGGAGGACGGUGGGAUCCGCCCCAGAGGGGUGUCUGCCAUUUAAAGGGGAAUUUGCCUUUCACAGGCAGCGUUGCUGAUUCUCUCUUUCCCACCAGCUCUGCAGAGUUCUCCAUCAGGAAUAGCAUAGUGGGCUUUUUAGUGACACACAUACUUCCAGGCCAGAUUUUAGUGGAUUUUUUUUUUUUAAGGUUUGUUUUUGUUGGUUUGUUUUUUCCUCCUCCAUUCACAACUACCUCUGGAUAAUUUAAGUUCCAUUCUCUUAACCAUAGAUAUGCUGCUGCUGUUACUGCUGCUGUACUGGUUACAACAUUUAUUAUUCCAACGUGGUCUUUCUGGUUUUUAUUCCCCCCUCCCCCAGGAACGAUUCAUUUACGGUAGAGAGCCAAAGUCGGGUGGAUUGGAGGGGGGGGGUAUUUUAGAGCAUUAGGCUGUUCUACUAUAGAAAGGGACAGAGCCUUUCAAAGGGGUGUGGUGAAGGCAUCCCAUCAACCCUCUCCCCCGGGCUUUCCAGCCAGUUAGUAAAACGAGAGAAAAUGGUACAGCAGCAACCCAUGGCCUAUUCCCCACCAGCCCUUAGCGCUCGCAGGUGGGGACAACACCCCUCCCUGUCCCUCUGCCCCCUUGGGAUUAGCGCUCUACUGCCGUGGCCUGGAAACAUUCCCCGGCUGCGCGACAUCACUGAACUGGAGAUGUUGCUCUCUAGAGAGAGAAGCAGCCCAGGUCGGGCGCUGGACUGGGCCUGAAUAACGGCACUGGCAGCCCCGGCGUCUGUUUCCCCACCUGCCUCCGGAGGGGACGAUGUUUGUGAGGUGACUCAGCAAGCUCGCGGGAAGGCACCUCAGCACAACAGCGCUGCGUGCGGCAGCCAAAGGAGGGGCAGGGGCGAGAUAGCGGUUGCUCAUGAAUCCACACCAGGUACUCUUCCCAUACUCCAUGCCUCAGGCUGGGGGAUGAGACUCAGCAGGAAAGUACACAGCAUGAGCGUCUGCCUCCAAUGAGCUAUGGGCCAGAGAUCCCUUCGCCACACCACACUCCAUCCCUUAGCUACGACCAACUGCAGCGGAGCUGGAGGUUAUUACUAUGGGGAAGGCCAAGGGGGUGAAAGCAGUUUGGGGUUUUACGUUGAGAGUUUUUACUGGGUGUUCAAGUCACCUGUCCAGCAGGGCUGGGGGGACCACGUGAGCGUAAGCCGCGGCUGGAGAAAGCAGGCAGGUGGCUGACCGUUAGCAGGAAGUGGAGGUUUUUUGGCCCAUUGUUAAAGACCUUUUGGUUUCCUAAUUGCAGUUACUUGAAUAAAACAUUUUACGGA